GUGUUAAUUACAGCUAAAAAACUUUCUAAUCCAAAGGCAACCGAACCAUGAAUCCAUGACACAAAUGGCGGCAGUGUCUACUUGUUGCACUCACCAUCUCCUACCUCUACUCCUCCUCGCUGCCAUAGUCGCCACCACCACCACCAACCACGCCGCCGCCGCCGCCACGUUGAACAUCACCAACCUAUGCCCCUUCACCGUGUGGCCGGCCGCCGUGCCGGUGGGCGGCGGCAGGCGGCUCGACCCGGGCACGUCGUGGGCGCUCGACGUGCCCGCCGGCGCCGCCCCGGGCCGCGUGUGGGCGCGCACGGGCUGCACCUUCGACGCCACCGGCGCCAACGGGACGUGCCUGACGGGCGACUGCGGCGGCGCGCUGUCGUGCACGGGCUACGGCGAGCCGCCGCAGACGCUCGCCGAGUUCUCGCUCGGCCAGGCCGACGGCCAGGACCUCUUCGACAUCUCCCUCGUCGACGGCUUCAACGUGCCCAUGGACUUCCUCCCGGCGCCGCCGCCGGAUCAGUCACCGCCGUGCAGCAAGGGGCCACGGUGUCCGGCCAACGUCACGGCACAGUGCCCCGGCGAGCUCAGAGCUCAUGGAGGCUGCAACAGCGCGUGCAGAGUGUUCAAGCAGGACAAAUACUGCUGCACUGGCAACGGGACGAACACCUGCGAACCCACCACCUACUCGCUGCCAUUUGUGAGGAUGUGCCCGGACGCCUAUAGCUACUCCAGGAACGAUGCAUCCAGCCCAGGGUUCACUUGCCCGUCAGACAAGGAAAAAAGGUUAUUGCCGGGAUCAUCAUAGCUUCUGUAAUCGGCUCCACUUCAGUACUCACCAUGGUUAUGGCUUACACCAGCAUCAAGCGAAGAACACGACGGCGCCGGGAGAUACGUGAAGAGGAGCAGGAGCUUGAGGAGAUAACCCUUCAAGGAAUGCCAAGG